AUGCGAACGCGGGGUCGAGUCCGCGAUCGCGAAGAAGGCAACAGCUGGGCAAAACUUGCAGAGAAAUCUGCUACAAUUCCUAAGUGGGAUGCAGUGAAGGUAGCUCAUCCUCAAGUGAGUUUACCUACUGUUGAGGCUGAUAAAGGGCAGAAGCAGUGGGCGAACCUAUUUGUGGGAUCGAGUUAUGCGGCGAAAGGAAUGGAUCUUAGCUUUAUUGCACCUAUUAUAAAAAAUGGCGAGGUAACUGUGGAGCUCUGUAAGGAAGAGAUAGAGGAGGAGACUCAGAAAUGGAAGCUUGCGUUAAUACUGUAUGUUGUUGGAGGAAGUCCAACAAUAGGCGCCAUGGAAAGGUACAUUGCUUCAGUAUGGAAUUUUGUAGCUAAGCCUAAGGUGUAUUUUCGUGAUGAUGGUUAUUUUGUGGUUCGUUUCAAUUCGAUUGAAGAUAGGGAUGAAGUUUUGUAUUCAGGGCCUCACAUGUUGAAUAAUAAGCCUAUCAUGGCCAAAAUGUGGUCGGCUGAUUUUGAUUUCAAUAAAGAGGUUCUUCAAACUAUACCAGUGUGGGUGAAAUAUCCUAAUUUGCCUUUGAAUUGCUGGGGAAAGAGGUCGCUAAGUAGGAUCAGCAGUGGAUUGGGAAUUCCUCUCUAUGCUGAUGCUUAUACUACUCAAGUGGAUAGGAUCUCAUAUGCAAGGGUAUUGAUUGAAAUGGAUGUUACUAAGAAGCUGCCUAGGUCUAUCAAAGUGACUGAUCCUAAUGGAAGGGAGUUUAUACAGGAAAUAGCAUAUGAUUGGGUUCCUGAAUUCUGUACUAAAUGCAUGCAAGUUGAUCACCAAUGUAGAGUUGCUGAACAGAGUGGACCAAAGUUGAAGGCUAAGAAUGUAAAACAGAAGCAGGAAUGGCAACCUAAGGUGGUAUCCAAAGUGCAAGAACCAGUUGUUAAGGAGCAAUUACAGUUAAAAGAGACUACAAAUGAAAAGAAUGCUAGUCAUAGUACAUUAAUGGCUAGUACUAGUGCAGGAGCUGAAAGAGGAAAUGAGGAGCAAAUGUGGCAGACUGUUAUAGGAAAAUUAGCAGCUAGAAGUAGAGAAAGACAACCAGCUGAUGUAGUAAAUGUAAUCGAUGGAUUUAAUCUACUUGCAGAAUCUAAACUGCAGCUAGCUAUGCCAAGACAGAUAGAGGGAGGAAUAGGUAGACAACAGGGUGAUACUGGGCAGGAAGGUACUCUACAACCCCUUUUUAUACCUGUAUGA